AUGUCUACGAGUACUACUGAUCCCUCGGUAGAAGAUGUUGAAGGAUUUAAUACGGAACAACUUAUCAGAUACUUACAAACAAAAAACUUGAGCCGUAACAACACUGACUAUAAAAAAAUUCGUAAUGAGAGGGUCGCCGGUUUAGACUUUCUCCAACUAACCAGAGAAAUACUUUGCUCUGAACCUUACAAAUUUCCUGAUGGACCAGCAAGAAGGGUUGAAAUGUUAGUCGAUUCGUUGAAGGAGCCUCCAUUAAAGCGUGUUUGUGUUGAUCAGUCAGCUGCGAUUUGCUGUCGUCUGCUAGAGCAUUUUGAAGAGACUGUUAGUGUGGACGAAGUGCCUGCUUACAGUUUGUAUGGGGUGGCAGGAACACUAGUCGACGAGAAUACCUUGGCCCACCGUCCCUGUGGUACUGAAGAGUCGCUGCGUGGAAGUGUCGAUGACCUCAUAAGGACAGUAAUCCUAUAUGCUGUAGAGCAAGUUCGAGAACUUAAAAGUCUUUUGAUUCUGGAUAGAAAUAAAACUGACAGCACGUCAGCAACAGUCAAGGAUUUCCGACCUGACUUCAUGUGCUGGUUCAAGGCAGUGUUAUUUCUUAAAGGGGAGGAAAAACCGACUGUGGUUGACUUUGAAGAUGCAAAGAAAGAGCUCUCUUCGAAACUAGGCUCGAUAAAUGAAUAUUGGUAUGGAAACGUGACAUUCAUGCUUGCAUAUGCAUGCGGUGAUACAAGAAUACAAUUUCUUGCUAUUGACAGCAAUUUCUAA